GUGACCACAGGUCUGUGAAAUAACGGCUGGAGCUGCAGGCUGCGGCUGUUUCAGCACGACUCACUGUCCGAGAAUCAAGUGGAACAAAGGAGAAAGAUGAGGGUCUCCACCAGCCAUCUGCAGCAGCUCACCAUCUUCACCACGAUGCUGACCGGUGGAGGGGUCGGCACCAUGUACUACCUGCUUCAGAAAAGGUUUGCUGAGUCAGACUACCACAGACUGGCGCUGCAGGAGCUGGAGGCGUGUGUGGUUGCCAUGGAGAGCCUGGGGGCUCCACCUCUGAAGGUCCACAACAUCCAUCUGACUGACAGGAGCAACCGUGUAGCUCAGCACACUGCACAGAUAAAGAUCCCUGUAACUGGGUCCAAAACUGGGGGCUACCUGUAUACGUCUUCAUGUAGAGACCCUGAUAGCAACAGGUGGCGUCUGAAGGAGGCAGUUCUGAAACUCAGGGAAGGACAGACCAUCGACCUGCUGGAUCCUCCACCAUCUGCUUUACCAACAGCAGAGAACAGACAGGCUGUAGAAACAGGGCGCUGGCAUGAAUCAUGAACUCAUGACAAUAAACAAAGUGGAAGCAGUCUAACGGGUCCUGUAAAUGCAAAAUGUUCACCCAGUGGCAAAUCCUGAACUCUGUCAUUAAGGAGAAAGCAGCACAUGCAGCUGUUCCAGCACCACUGGGCUUCCAACUCACUGUUCUGGAUCGUUGUGCUGCACCUAUGAGUUCUUUUUGUAUAUUUCAUAUAUAUACAUAUAUAUAUAU